ACACACAUACACACACAUACACACACACACACACAUACACAGACACACACAAGCGCACAUUCAAACGUUCACCAUGAAGCCUCUUAUGGAACUGUUGAAGCAGUUUUUCAUCCAAAGAAUUAUCCUCUACGCUUUCAUCGCCUUUUUCAGUUUCUUCGUCAUCGUUCCUCUGGGUGACCUGAGGAUAAAAUUCACUGAUGAUCACUGUUCACGAUGUCUGCUCUACUCAGACGUCGUUUACAACGUGUCCGUGAGCCCAGACAUUUCCUACUUCCGGAUCCGGUUCGGGGAACAGGAAGUGUGCGAGUACAGCAUCGCUGUCACCUCUGUGCUGUGCUUGAUCUACCCUUUGGUUGUCGGUGGAAUCUACUUCUAUCUGUAUAGGCGAGACAGUGCUGAGACCAGGGAUGAGAACAAGCUGGACUUGGGUCACUGUCUGUUCUUGGUGCACGUGCUGCUGGAAGUGGCCUUUGUGCUGUUGAUUCUGGUCUCUGCCAGCAUGAUCAGCAGGGGCUUCCAACACCUGUGUGAGUCGCUGGGAGCCGGCAGAGACCUCGUGCCCCCACUAUUGGACAGCUGCUCCGACGCCCAGAACUUCCACAGCUGGAGGGGUUAUGACGGGAGCAACUUCUAUGUCACCCUGUCAGUGGCAACGGCUGGCAGUUGGUUCCUGUUCCUGAGCUGGUUGCUACAGGCUCUCUUGGGCCUCUGGAAGCUGUGGCGACUCAAUAUGCUACCUGUUUUACCCCUCGGUUGUCUCCCGUGUUGUGACAGGGGCGAGUAACUCUUGUCGAUACAUACGUGUUGUAAAUUUUAAGAUCUUGAGUGCUCCACGUCUGGAGAAGGCAAAGAGUGGUGCACUAGUGCACAUUGACGUUCAAUAUGCAAACAAGAGUAGGGAGUGUAUUUCGUGGUCUGUGAUUUUUUUACAUCGAGAUAGACGGGGGAAAGGACAGAUGGACAAAUAUAAUGACAGUACCGAAGUAAGAACUGCACCAGUUGGAAGUCUCCUUGAGAAGUUCUUACACACGCAGAAGUACGCGAUUUCGUCCAGAGUUCAGUAAGCAAAGCAAGACAAAAAUGAUGUUUCUUUCCUCGACUGCUCUUCCAAAAAACACACGGAUACAUUGUCGUUCAUUAUAGGACUGAGAAAAGCAAGACCCAUUGCAGCUGUGUUCUCUCCUGACUAGUCAGCUCCUGAUGGUUUGUGGUACCUAUGAUCCCAGUUCAGGACUUCUUGGCCGUACAAUUUCUACUAUAGAAAGUGGAAAUGUUUUUCAGGCUGAAGCAAGAAAAAGGAGAAGCCAAAAGUGGACUGCAUGAAGGAUAAUAGAGCCAUCUUAAAAAAUGGCCUCCGAUUCGAUUAUAACAACAAAACUGUUUCAGUUUGUUACGUAUUUUCAAGUAAUUCAAAACAGCACAGAUGUCCCGCUGUUUUGUGAUUCUUACAUUACAUUGUGCUUUGGAGGGCAUGCUGCUGUCAGUGGUGUCAGUGGGAUUAUCAAUUCCCGCUUUUGUUACGCUGAACCACCCCUCCUCCCCCCCCCCCCCCCCAAAAAAAAAAGGAGCUCUGAGGAGUGCGGUCAGAUAGUGCACUGUGGUGCGAAAAGCAAAAUUCAUAAAUUUCCAUCUAAUGUCUGGGGAAAUUACUAGCGACUCAAACAGUUUGUACUCAUUUCCCAACGAACAUUUCAUUGCAAUUGGCAAUUUCCAUACUUUGUUCCAACAACGUUCAUGUGAAUCUUUUCCACCUUGUAUGACAGAAGACGGCGGGCUGUUCCUAUGGAUGUUCUCUUCUGGACCUCGACAAUGAUUGUAUACCUUGUAGCCAGAACACACAAAAAAUACUUAUUCUACUUAUUCGUGGUGUCGGUUGCAAUGUGGCCAACAACACUAAAGCUUAGCUUUCUCGAGAGUGAACCCCUUCCCUCAACCCCCCCCCCUCCCUAGAAAAAACAACAACCAUCCAAACAAACAAACAGAAGAUAACCGUGCCAUAUGUUGUCUCUGUACAGCGAUCAUUCCUUGGACAAGAGGAUCUCCUUUUACACAUUUAAUUCGCUCCUCGAGUAAGAUGGCAUCUUCACUAUAUCUAAAGCAUUAAGUUACAUUUUAAGACCACGAAUUGUUUACUUUUUAACCUGAUUACGUAUAAUAUUUAUUAAUUUGUUCAAUCAGUACAUUGUAUUUAGUUGUCUGCUUGCAUUUGUUCGUUCAUUUGUUAUUCCUAGGAGCUUACGUUUUUUGAGUUGUUUUAUAAUGGGGGGGGGGGGGGGGGGGGGGUGUCAAACUUGACAUGUUAGCUUCUGACACCAUUGAUAUAAAUAGAAAAGUGCAUAAAAUUAUGCCCCUGCUAUGUAUCUUCUACUUCUGGGUAUACAGUUACUUUCAUCUACCUGUCGUUUGACGGUUCAAUAUGCAUGUACUUUGCGCGGGAAUUUUCUUACUUUUCUUUUUCAUAAUUUUUACAACUGAAUCCUCAAUAACCGUAAAUCAUGCCUGUGUGACCAACACUUUUGGGAGAAAUGUGAUAUUAUGACAUGUCCAAUAACCGCCCACAAUAGAAACCUAAUGCAUUGGUUUGUAUUUUAAGAAGUAGAGGUGUAGUUUAUGAGGAGGGCAACAAGGAAACGAAUGACUGUGGUGGUUCUGUUUUAUUUGCUUAGCUUUUGGUUUAUCUUUAAAAAAAAGUUUGUCAGGUACAAAUGUGUACUACAUAAUAAUAGUCUAUGAAACAAAUUGACGACAUAAAGCAAAUGUGACUAAGCAGAUAAGCCUUCGACAUUGUCUCAUCUAAGAUCGAAUCGUUUAGUCUUUUCACUCUGUAAGAUUAUUUUUGUUGUGUCAUCUCAUCCAUGUGUUAUACAUGUAUGUUUGGAGAGAAUGCAUCCAAAUGUGUUUUUUGUGAUAACUUUUUUUUAUCACAGCAGUCGCAGUAGAUUUUUAAAAUAAACGGUGUGUAUAUGUAUAUGAAAUUGAUACUAUGUGUAGAAAACAACAAUACCACUAUAAUAAUAAUAACAAUAAUAAUAAUAAUAAUGAUAAUGAUAAUGAUAAUAACUAUAACAAAUAGCAAUAUAAAUAUUAUAAUAGCAUUAUUAGUUGCAGUAAUAAUGAUAUAACACUGAAAAUAAGUAGUAUACUACUAAAUGUAAAAUCUGACUUAUUAUUUAUCUUACAGUUUUUAGCUAGCUUAAUACGUUAUUGGUGACUUUGUCAGUAGGAUACAUGGGUCGCGGGCCUUGCUCCCCAACAAUUAAUUGAUGAACAAAUAACGAUGGGAAAAACCCUUCAGAAAGACUCUAAUUGGUAUCAUUAAAGGGUUUUACGGCACUUGCAACAUAUUAAUAGAUCCUAAAAAUGCGGAAGAUAAGAGUUGUUACUUGAGAGUAACAUACAAAGAAAAGAAAGAGGAGAGAUAAGGACGAUAGAUGUUUGGCAGGAAAAGAGCAAACCUCACCAGAGCACCCAUAAACAACCGCAACGCACUAAAUCGACCGCUGGUUCGGCACAGUUGAUACGUGUACUUUAUGAGGAUGAAUGAAAGACAACAGUCGGACCUUUGCACUUUGAUACCGGUUUCCAUUGUCUGACUAUAAAUUGAUCACCAGAUUAUAAAGGUUUUACGCCGAAAUCGACACAUUUUAGAUCAUUAGAAAGUGGUUGGCUGGGCCAGCCAUGACUGGAUGGCAUACAGGACAACAACGGGAAAGACGGAUCAGCUCCAUACAGUACACGUCUACUACACACUGGGGUCAGCCUAAAGUCAGUUGUAUGCAGCAAUGAUGAUCCUCCACAUCACGGCCCUGGCACCCAUCUAAAACGUGUUGCUUUGCGCAGGUCGUUUCGUUUCAAUCGUAUUGCUAUAUAGAGCGGAUUGAAAGGGAAAAUAUGUCAAAAGGGUGUACAUUCUAAAAGUAACUUCAAAUCAUAUUUUUUUCUUCUUUUUUAGAUUGUUCUGUUUAUUUCUUUUUCUUUUCAUUCAUUUGACCUCAUCCGGGUAAAUAAUGUGUUGGGUUUGAGAGACAUUGGUGGGGAGAAAUUUAAUAAAUUUUAUCCUUAAUGUAUUCCUGUAUCUGGAUUUGU